AACUUCAGAAGUUCAUAAUGACAACCAACAAUAAAUACGAUGUUGGACAGAUGUUAACCGAUAUCCAUUUAGAAAUUUAUCAUCCGCUUUUUCAGACAUCAGACUACAGCACAAUUUCAGACUGUACACAGCUAAAUAAUGAAAGGCUUCAAGCAAUGGGAAUAUCUCUCACCGGGCAUCGGAAAAGGAUUCUUACAAAGCUACAGGAGUUACUGGGGAAGGUGCAUUCAACUCCUGAGGAUAUCACUGUUGAUACAGCAAAGACAAGUAACGACAGGUCAUUAGAACAUGACAAGAAGUUGGCGCUAUUUGGACAGGGCUUAGCCAGUGUUCUGGAAACUGCCCUGACUGAUGAUUCUAGCAAAAACUGCACACAUUCUUUAACUGAUUGUCUGACAAUGGAUGAAAGUGUUUCUGCUCAGUCUAAACAUAAGGACCAGGACAUGUUUUCUGAACACUCUGAAAUAUCUGGAUAUGACACAGCGCUAGAUUUCAGGGAAAGAACAGACUUGGAGAGCUCUAGUUUUUUUGAGUUUCAAGGACCAAUGGUUGAGAAUGACUUAUAUGGAACAAGGAGUGAGGAAAAAGUACAAAAAACGCAAGCAAAGAAAGUUCCAUCUCGAUCGUUCAUAUUAAGAAACAGACCUGUUCCAGAUUUACCGGUUUCUGUCAGUAAUACAUCCUACAGCAGACAUUCUGGGGAAAUUAUGACAUCUACCAAUCCCAUAGGAGAUUUUACCAUCAACUUAGAAAACAAGCAAUCUGGUGAUGAAAAUAGUAAUCCAAUCUCACCAUAUGAAGAGACAUUCUUUUUCAGCAAUUCAGAGAGUACCAAGGAAGCUACCAGUGAUAUAUCUUCAGUUGUUUGCAGUGAUGGAACUGGAAGUAGUGAAAGCCUACUACAAAACUCUCAGUGUAAACCUCCGCCGAAUGCUAUGUCAUCAGCCACAAAUGGUGGCUCAGAGGAGUCAAUAUAUUCUACCUUGGAGGAAUCAACACAUGAUGUGGGCACAAAGCCUGCUGAAGACCUCAGAAGUCAGUCACUAUUGGAUAGCCAUUCCCAGAGUGAUACUAUCAGCAGCCAUUCAUCAGAAUCAGGAUUUCAAGAAGAAUUCUCAAUCACCCCAUAUGCAAGUUUCUAUGCACCAUGUACGAUGACAAGUAAAGUUGGCUGGUUAGAUAAACUUUCACCUCACAGCGCUUGCAUGUUUCAGAAGAGAUGGGUAAAGUUUGAUGGACAUCAUAUUUCCUACUACCACAAUGAUCGGGAUGUGUUCUCAAGAGGGAAAGUUUUACUGUCUGCAGUAAUAAAAAUUAAAAAAUUGGGUGACAACAAAUUUGAAAUUGUGACAUCACAAAGAACGUAUGUUUUCCGAGCAGAAAAGGAAGUACUUAGACAUGAGUGGCUAGCAGUACUAGAAGAGGCCGUGAAAAAACAAGCCAGCAAGAGUGCUAUCAUCAACGAUGGUGAUAAAAGUGGAUACCUUGAACUGAAAGGAUAUAAAAACAAAAUAUUCACUGUGAUUGACGGAAGCAAAACAUGGCUGAGCAAGAGCAAACAGGAAUAUAAUGCUGGGAUUGUCAUCACUGAUAUUACAAUGACUAUGACCACUUUAAAAAAUGCUGAUCGGAAAAGUUUUGAGGUCACCACUCCUUUUAGAAAUUUUUGCUUUACAGCAGACUCGGAAAGAGAAAAGCAAGACUGGAUUGAAACAUUAGAACAAUCAAUAGCAGAGACAGUAGCUGAUUUUGAAGUAGCUGAAAAGAUUUGGUUCAAUGAAUCGAACAGGAGUUGUGCAGACUGUCGUGCUUCAAACCCUGACUGUGCAUCUAUCAACUUAGGGGUUGUUAUUUGCCGGAGUUGUGCAGGUCAACACAGAGCAUUAGGAAGCAAAAUUUCAAAGGUACACAGUUUAAAACUGAAUACAUCAAUGUGGACCAAUGAACUUGUCGAGCUUUUCAUUGUUCUGGGAAAUGAAAAAGUUAAUAGCUUCUGGGAAGCAAAUCUUUUGCCCGAAAACACGCUUCCUGUGACCUCCAGUAUUAAUCAGAGAAGGUUGUUUGUCACGCAAAAAUAUAAAGAGGGAAGAUUUAAAAAUAUACGUUCUCCUGACUUAUCUCCACAACAGCUAAACGAGGCUUUAUGUGCCGCAGUAACCAAAGCUGAUGUGCUGGAAACAAUGAUCUUGGUUUUUAGUGGAGCAGAUGUCAUGUGUACAACCGGAGAUUCAGUCCACAGCACUCCAUACCUUCUAGCAAAGAUGGCUGGACAGCGUUUACAAAUGGAGUUUCUACAUCAUAACAGAUUAUCAGAUUACCAAACUACAGACAGCCAGACUGUAAAGAAUCAGAAUCUGUUCUAUUGUGGCUUUUUAUAUAAAACAUCUUCAAGUUCUUCUAAGUUGUCUGCCAGCAGGAAGAUACAAGAAGAUAUGACAAAGUGGUGGUGCACCAUAGAGAACAGUCUACUGAACUAUUAUGAGGAUGAAAAUAACACUGUGCCAGAGGGCUCCAUUGACUUAAGUGAAGUGGUGUGUCUGGUUGUUCAUCCUUCAGAUUUCAUCUUGGGUUCCGGGGCCAUCUUUACCUUUGAGAUAUACGUAUUGUCAGAACGUAUGUUUCUUUUUGGAGCUGAAAAUGCAGAGUCUCAGCGAGAAUGGGCCAAGGCACUAUCUAAGAAUUUUGUGCCUACUGGGAACGAGUCUUUAGUAGAAUUAGACUUUGAUGUUCUCGGAUUUUUAUAUUACAAGGAUUCAUAUACUCUCAUGGAAUGGAAAGAAGGAUGGUUUGCCUUGGAAAAAAACUCUCUGCAUUAUAGUCACAGGCAAGAAAACUUUCAAAGAGAAACCAUACAAUUAAAGAAACUACAGGAACUUACAAAAACAUCAUCUGUUGAAAAUGGAGAGAAAAUUAAUAUUUUGUUGUUGGUUGAAAAUGGAAGGACAUUAUACGUCCAUGGUCAUACAGUAUUGGAUUUCAUGGUCUGGCAUUGUGCAAUUGAAAAAGCAGCAGGUACAGAUGGUAAUGCACUACAGGAUCAGCAGCUCUGCAAAAACAACAUUCCUAUUAUUGUGAACAGCUGCAUGGCAUUUGUUACGCAGUAUGGUUUGGGAAGCACAUCUCUGUAUCUGAAGAGUGGGAACCCGCUGAAAGUAAGGGAGUUGUUAGAAGAUUUUAAAAAGGACGCACGGAGCAUUAAGCUAAAAGUCGGAGAACAUCAACUGGAAGACGUGACGGAUGUGCUGAAAUAUUUUUUGUAUGAAAUAGACGAUGCACUUCUGACAAAAGAACUUUAUCCAUAUUGGAUCUCUGCCCUAGAUAUUCAGGAUGAACAGGAACGAGUGCUAAAGUACAAAAACUUAAUUGAUACACUUCCAACACUGAAUAAAACUACCUUAGCUGCGUUAAUUGAACACCUUUACAGGAUUCAGAAAUGCUCUGAUGUCAACCAACUGGAAACACAUGUUUUGGCACCGAUAUUUUCUUCUUGCCUUUUUCAAACCAAAGGACAUCAUAAUGAAGAGCUUCAUGUUGUAGAAGAGCUCAUUAAAUUCUAUGCAGAGAUUUUUGAUAUUAGUGAGGUACAGCUAAAACAGAUGGACAUUGAAAACCGUUUCAUUACCAAGUGGAAUGAUACUCAGGUUCCAAUUCCCCAGACUGGUGACUUACUGCUUGAUGUGUAUUUGGAAAGAAAAGAUCCCAACAUGUGUGUUAUUAUUAAGGUGUCAUCAACUUUGACUGCUGCGGAGUUAACCAGCUGUGUAGCUGGUAUAAAAAAUAUCACUUUGUCUAAUGAAAUGUUCUGGACCGCAUUUGAAGUAUUUGAGAAUGGAGAGCUGGAACGUCCCAUGCAUUUUAAGGAAAAUGUAUUGGAAACAGUUUUAGGAUGGAGCAUGCUUCCUGACCCUGGAAGUGCAUACCUACUUGUAAAGCCUUUUAUCACCGUUGAACAUCUUAAACACUGCCUCCCUAGGAUUUCUAAGAGCACAUUGAAGUCAGGCAACAUGAAAUACAAAGAAGAUUCAUCCAAACUUCUCUCCGGAAAUAAGUUUCAAGAGAGAUAUUUUGUUUUGAGAGAAAGGAAGCUUCUUAUCUACAAAGACAUAAAGAGCAUUAAACCAGAAAAAGUGUUGCCUGUGGUAGUAUGCAAAUUUUUCUUAGGAGUCAAAAAGAAAAUGAAACCACCAACAAGGUUUGGAUUGACUGCUUGUUUUGAAAAACAUCAAUGGCAUCUCUGUUGUGAUACACAGAAGGCACAAAUGGAAUGGAUUAUUAGUAUUCUCAAUGCACAGUGUGCUGGUGAGUUUCUUCCAAGAAGAAAAACUGAACAAAUGCUAACAGUAAAAAGCCUACAAAUGAGAGGAUUGCAUGGAAACAAGUUGAAGGACACUACCGAAAUUCAGCCUAUGCCAAUGUCUGAAAAAACAAGGCGAAAAGUGAGACCUGCAAUAUCCAAGAAAGAACUCACCAACGCAGUGCAGCAGAGGAUGUCUAUGAUAGCAGAGGUUUUUGACAAUAAAGAAGAAAGGCUUAUGAGCCAGAAGAAACACUACAGUUUGGUUGACCUUGACAGUCCUGAGAAUUACAGUGGUGACACAAAAGAACUAGACACAAUAGAUGUCAAGAGACUACACAAUCCCACUGAUCAGCUGAAUAAAAAGCUGUCAGCAAACGUACAACUGCCACAGAAUGUUAUCAAGGAGCUAAACCUAGUUCUUCGCAAAAGCAGAAAAGACCAGAAUGAAUGUGUAUAAAGCAAAGCAACUUCAAUUAUAACAUGGCGUAUAUACUAUCAA